AUGGGGGAAAAUCUGACUCGUCGUCCCGGGCGGGUCUUGGAUGAUGCACGCAGAGCAGGAUUAGCGACCGUGCUGAUCACCUGCCGGUGCAACCCCAGCCUGAUCUGCCAUUGCAGGCCACCUCGUGCCAACAAAGAAACCCCGUAUGGAUCAGCCCAACCAGCCGAUUCACCCAGCGGCGGCCGACGGAAACCAAGAGACCCGUUCGGAGAGCUUCCGGCGGAACUCCUGCCCACGAUCCUGUCACAUCUAGAUGUGAAGCAGGCGGCACGAACCAGCGUCCUAGCGAGCGCGUGGAGGCACACCUGGAAGCACUCCCCCAAGCUGACCCUCGACAUCGUCGCGAUGUGCGGCGACGGAGGAUACAGGCACAACUACCUCAAGCCCGUCAGAGAGGAGCUGUACCGGCGACGCUACGUGCAGAGAUUCAUCGACACCGUCGACGAGGUACUGCGCCAGCGCCGCGGCGGUGGUGGCGCGGUCGACCAGCUGGAGCUCAGGUUCGACGAGUGCCACCUUCGACAGGUUUCAAGCCGUCUCUACGGCUGGAUACGUUUCGCCGUCUCGUCGCGGGCCAAGAGCGUGAGGCUUCACGUGUCGGAAGCACCUGGGGUCGUGUAUGGCCGUGAUCGGUACGAGCUUCCUCUGCAGCUGCUCGACGCCGGAGGAGGCUUGUCAAAGCUGGAGCACAUCAGCCUUUCGUUCGUGUCGCUCAAAGUACCUGUCCACGCAAAGUCUAUCAGUUUUCCAAAUCUCAAUAGUCUUGUCCUGCGCUUGGCGACCGUGUCUACGAGUGAUCUGCAGCAUAUGCUGUCAAACUGCCCUAAUCUCGAGCGGCUGGAUAUGCACAAGGUUUAUCUGGACGAUCAACUCACGGUGCAUCGGCCCUUGCCCCGGCUGCUGUACCUGCGCUUGGUUGAUUGCAGGACAACAAUGAUAGAGCUCCAUGCGAACAGCCUCAAAACCUUCGUAUUCAGGGGGCAUUCGGCGCCUACCAUCAUCAACCUCGGCGGAACUUCAGGACUGUGCAACGUUAAUAUUCAGUGUUUCAGGUUAACGCUACAACAGUCUGUCAGCUCAUUGCCCAAUUCGUUCCCGGAGGUGCAACGACUGUGCCUCUGCUGUACUUUUACACUGCCGACGCUUCGCUCGCCAGUUGGGAACACCCCCAGGUUUCCUCAUCUGAAGUAUUUACAGCUGCUAUCCUGUAUUUACCCUGCUGAACUUUCCAAUGGUAUCCUUCCUAUCGCGUAUUUUCUGGAGUCUGCUCCGUUUCUUGAGGAAUUAGACAUAAAGUUCGUAUCAUCCUGCAAGAACGGUGGUGAAGGACCUCUAAGGACGUCAGCACAGGGUCAGUUCGAAUACAAGCAUCUAAAGAGAUUGAGAGCUCGUGAGUUCACAGGUCAAAAGGAUCAACUAGAGAUUAUGAUGCACAUUGUGGAAAAUGCCCCUGCGCUCGAGAUUUUGACUAUAGACCCAAUAAUGGAACAUGUUCCAGCUACUAUUGAUCAAGUUAUGGAAGCUGAAACAAGAAGUCUAACAGAUAUCCGUCGUAGAGCCACAACAUUCAUUGGUGAGAAACUUCUAGCAAAGACAAAAUUUGUUGUUGUAUGA